UUGGUCUUUCACAUCCUGGACCGGCCGUCGUGCCGAGCUCUCUCAUUGGCUCAUGAGGUCACCUCUGCUGAUGUCAUCGUUCGUGAGGAUGCUAACGUGAAAGACAUGCACGCACGCUAGCUGUCAGUCAACCCAAGUGGGUGGCACCCUCUUGCCGACUUUGUGGCCUGAUGAUGUCAUGGGACUGCAGAAUGAUGAUGUCAUGCAAGGUGGGAGGGGACACAGCGGUCAAUAAAGGUGGGCGUGGCUUCUCUGCCUCCUCCUUCUUUUGUCAAAGGUCAAAGGUGAGCUGUUACUGUUUGGUGUCUAUGAAGUUUAAUGUUUAACCGCCGGGACAAACAGCCCGUGGGGGGGGGCUACAUGCGUCAACAACGCUCACUAGUCUACUUAUCAACCAUGAAGAACCCGCUCCUGGUGCUGGUCCUGGUCCUGGUCCCGGUCCUGGUCUGUGUGGAUCGUGCACAAGCAGUGAGGUGUUUUUCACACUUCAGGCGUUGGUCAGGUCAAUGUGAUGAAGAGCUGGGUGAGGUAGAUGAAGAUGACUGCUGUCAGAAUCCUGAUUAUGGUUACGUCACCCAAGAUGGCGGCUGUCAAUCAUGUGGGCCUCCAGCGUGGUCGGACUGGUCGCCAUGGUCACCGUGUAGCGUCCUGUGUGGGGAGGGGGUGACGCAGAGGAGCAGGAAGUGUUUUGGCAUGGGCCAGUGUCAGAAUACUGCAAACGUACUGCAGACGCAACCCUGCAAUGGCACAUGCUGCGAUGCAGGGGGCUGGGCGUCGUGGCUCCCUUGGUCUUCCUGCUCCAUCACCUGUGGAGGUCGUGGGGUCAGAAGGCGAGAGAGGCUUUGCUCCGCCACUCCUGAGUGUCGCCCAACCUGUGGAGGGUCUUCUGAGGAGGCGGAGUCCUGUGUAUCAGACAGCAGGUGUCCAGUGCACGGCGGGUGGUCCAGCUGGUCCGUAUGGUCUCUGUGUUCCGGCUCGUGUAUCGAUGAUGAGCACGAAGGCGUCUCGGUGCCCUCCAGACAGCGACAUCGCUCCUGUUCCAGCCCCGCCCCUUCCAAUGACACAUGGCCUCCGGGUGACGGUUGCCAUGGAGACGGCGUGCAGGUCCAGCAUUGCAGCGAGCUUCCCAAGUGUCCGGUGGACGGGCACUGGGGGGCGUGGUCAGAGAUGAGUCCUUGCACCGCCCGCUGUGGGGAGGGACUUCGCUUUUCCACCCGCGUGUGCAAUCAGCCCGCCCCCAAAUAUGGCGGACGAUUCUGUGAGGGAGCGAGCGCUCGGAGUGUCGUAUGUCACAUAAUUUGUGCAGUGGACGGGGCCUGGUCCGGUUGGUCCAGCUGGGGCGAGUGUACUGCUUCCUGCAUCACGAAAGGCAGAGUUCCUGUCAGGACUCGUCAGCGCUCCUGUUCUAGCCCCGCCCCUUCCCUCUUCCCUGUGGGUGAAGGUUGCCAUGGUGACAGCCAGCAGACAGACGAGUGCGUCCACCUGCCCUCGUGCCCGGGUGACCCCUCCGAGUCUGAUCUGGACGGGGGCUGGGGGUCCUGGUCCCCCUUCUCGUCCUGUCCUGUCUCCUGCGGGGUGGGGCUUCAGGUGUCGCUCAGGAGGUGUGACAGCCCCAGUCCCAAAGCGGGUGGGCGUCCGUGUCCCGGGAACCACCGCAGGACUCGCAUUUGCAAGACCAAUGUCCACUGUCCAGUGGACGGCGUGUGGUCCGAGUGGUCGCCAUGGCAACGCUGUGAAUACCCGUUUAAGGCCCGGGACAUCCGCUGUAAGCAGAUCGCCGGAAGUCAAAGUCGAGAGCACCGAUGUUUGCACCGCGCUCACAACGGCUCCAUCUGCAGCGGCGACCGUCUGAGCGAGUACCGCAUCUGCUAUGAUGUCAGCGGCUGUUACUUGAAGGGCAGCUGGGACGGCUGGGAGGCGUGGUCGUUGUGUCGGCCGCCGUGUGGAGGGAACUCGCGCCGGCGACGGAGCCGGAAGUGCGUUCCUGAUUACAGCGACUAUCGUUCCAGCAUGCGCCGUCAGAAGGAAAACGUGACCUUCUACGGGGAUCCCGUUGCCGACUGUGGGCCCGCGCCAGGGGGCGUGACCUUUCAAGCGCAGCCUUGCGUCAACGUGCCCGCCUGUGACUGACACAGAUUGAUGUGCAUGUUUUGUUGUGUUCAAUAAAGUUGUGUUGCAUCA